AUGUUUUAAUACGGUUUAGUAGGAAAUACCAUUUUUUAUGGUGGUAUAGCAAUAGCAUUCGGAUAUAUAGGUUGGGAAUUACAUAAUAUUACAUAGUAUGCAGCUAAAAUCGAUGAAAAGCAAGCAAAAGAGAUUUUAGGUUUAAUAAAUGAAAAUAAAACUCAUAUUCAUAAGAAAAAAGAAAUUACUGAUAAAGAAAUACAAUAAAUGGCAGCAAAAUUGCGUUUAGAGGGUAAAAGUGUAGAAAGUAUUUAAAUAUAGACAUAAAUUAAGGAUGAUUUCGAUUCUGGAAAGCAAGCAGAUAUUUGA